AUGCAUUGGAAUCUCUGGUGCUGCAUUCUUUUGGUAUUGGAUGAAGUUGAUGGAUUCUUGUCUUUCAAUUCCCGGAAAGACAUGCACCGGAUAUUGGAGCGUGUAGGGAGGAGAUCCAGUGCAGACCCAAGCUCAAAUUCAUUAUGCACACCGGCUGGCCGAACUGGUAGGCUUGGUAGGAAUGGUAGAGUGCUAACCAUAUGUGAAGAGCCAGAAGUGUUUGUUGUGAAGAAAUUGCAGAAGCAGUUGGGAAUUCCAUUUGCAUCCUGUGAUAUUUCGGAUGGGAAACUACUUGUCACUGAAGAAGAGAAAACAAAAAAGCAAUAUAGUCAGAUUGAACAGGAUGGGGGGGACUUCAGGAGGGGUUUAAUCAGCAAUGCCCUCGUGGUGGACUUGCAAUUGAGGAUCCAAAGUCAAGGGGAACUCAUGAGUUUGAUCCAUCCAGACCACUGUGUGGGCCUUCUGUUUUUGAUGCAAACUCCAUUAACCUGUUGCAGCUGGCUGAAAUUAUUAGGGGGCUUAAUGAAGAAGAGUGUCAGUUUCUGAUUGAGGCAAGAGGAGUGGAGUCUGAUUUGGAACUGCAAAAUCAAUUUAAUGCUGCCAUGGCUGAGGUGGAAGCUCUUUCUGCCAGAGUGGUUGAGCUGCAGAAUAAUUGACAUGUCUCAAAAAGAAUUACUGGAAUUAUCCAAAGAGUUGGCUGACUGCAGAGGCUUGAUCUCAAGUUUACAGGUGGAAAAGAAGGGCAUGAAUGAAACUCUUGAUUUGACAACUGAUGAGAAAAGUAUAAACUUUUGGAGGAGAAGGAAUCUCAUCUAUUUGAAAUUAAGAAUCUGGUGUCUGAAUUAGCUGCCUUAAAGAGUUCAAUGGAAGGAGUAAAACUUGAGAAGUCCAACUUAGUUGACAGGAUCUCUUCUGUGACCGAAGAUAGGAAUAAGAUUGAAGGAGAAAUCGAUCAUCUCAAACAUGAAAUUGAUAGGCUGUCAUUAGACUUGGUUGAGAGUAAAGAUUUGGUGGCAAGUCUACUGGCAGAAAAUUCCAACUUAAAUGGAAACCUUGCAUUUUCAGGUGAUAGAUCAAACAAAGUUUUCUUAUGAACUGUAGUGUAUUAUAAGUGAACUAAAAAAUAGUUUAAUUCAGUUAUUCUGAACUAUAUUUUAGUUCAGUUUAGUUUUUCUGAACUGUUUUAUAGUUAACUAUAAAUUUUUUUAGUAUAGUGUACUUU